CCAAAUUCAAAAGGGUCAUGUGUGAAAAUAUCGAAACGUCAACCCACAGUUCAUCAUCAUUUUCUCUCUCACCGUUUUCGCUCUCAAAUCAUUGAUCUCCGAUCUCCGCUUACUACAAAUUAUCAAUCGAAAGUUGUUGAAGUAUCGCGGUUCUCCCAUGAUUGAUCAGAUGAUCAUCGCUCCUCUAAAUUGAAUCGAAUUCGGCGAAUGUCAAACCCUAACAUAACCCUCGCGAUUGCUUCAGAGCAGAACAUUACGGAUCCUCCAGCGCGGAUUUCCGAAUGGUACACCUCACAAAGCGAAGGGUGCAACAGUUUCUGGCGCGAAGCGGCCCUGCUCGUGCCCUCAGUUCUGCUGGUGCUGUACUUAGGGUUCCAGGCAAGGCGCAAUGUGAAGAAGCUGCGCCACCGGAAGUCUUACGUCAUGAUCGCGUACUACGCCCUCCUGUGGCUCUCUGCUCUUCUCAAUUUGGCGUGGGCUGCUCUUCAGGGAUGGGAAUGUGCUCCUGAAAAGGCAACUGCUUGGAACCUGUUAUCGUUGCUCACAGAAUGUGGAAUGCUAACUCUGGAAAUUAGCAUAGUAGCAUUCCUGCUUCAGGAGAACUAUGCUAAUGGAUUGGAAGCGCUAGCACAUACUUUCUUCGUUUCAGGUUCCUCUGUUGUCGUUGAUGUGCUUAUCCAGGCUAUCUUCAUAUUCGGAUUUGGGGUGCCCCUCUUCACUAACGCUGAUACUGCACGCUGGGGAAAAUGGACUCUACUCUUUGUUCAUACUUUGCUCCUGUCUGCAGUCUACUGCUACAUACUAUUCGUUCACUACUCAAAAUGGAGGGAUAAGUUGCCACCUAGGCCUUCAUUCUACAACUAUGUGGUCACUAUGUUUGUAGUAAAUGUUUUGGGAUUGUGUGCUAGCGGAAUGGCUGGAAUCGGUUUUGGCUUUGGAUUUCUGUUGUACAAUCUUGUAGUCAUCUGCCGUCACGCCCUCUAUCUCCCCUUCCUUUAUGUAACGUUCCUGGCCGACUUUUUCCAGGAGGAAGACUGGCUCUUGGACAACGCGUAUUACUCAGAGAUGAAAGAUGCUGGUUUUUUCGACACUGAGUGGGACUAGCGGAGGCAGCGUCGGAUCCAGGCUGGUGCCGGGCGGAGAAGAAAUGGAGUAAGCAUGGAGCUUUUGGGAGUUAUAGCCAAUCUGGAUCGAUGGAGAAGAAACAGAAAGAAUAGAUAACAGUUUUAACUAAUGAUUAUGUAAAGUGAUGUGUUUUUUUGGAUAAUUGUGGGAGCAACUUAAAGCUAAAUGCAUAUUAAUGCUAGUUCAUUAAUUUCAGUAAAUAUAUUUUUAUAUUUGUUUCU